CAGACUCGGCUCCGGCGCUGCUGCUCCGAUCAGACGGGAAGGCGAGUGAACCUGCAUCAUCAUGACUGAACGCUACGACUGCCACUACUGCAAGGAGUCCCUGUUCGGGAAGAAGUACGUGCUGCGGGAGGAGAACCCGUACUGCGUCAAGUGCUACGAGAGCCUGUACUCCAACACCUGCGAGGACUGCAAGAAGCCCAUCGGCUGCAGCACCAGAGAUCUGUCCUACAAGGACCGGCACUGGCAUGAGGAUUGCUUCAAGUGCUUCCAGUGCAAGUGCUCCCUGGUGGACAAGCCCUUCUCCACCAAGGACGAGCAGCUGCUCUGCACCGAGUGCUACUCCAACGAGUAUUCCUCCAAGUGCCACGAGUGCAAGGCCACCAUCAUGCCAGGCUCCAGGAAGAUGGAGCACAAGGGGAACAGCUGGCACGAGACCUGCUUCACCUGCCACCGCUGCCAGCAGCCCAUCGGCACCAAGAGCUUCAUCCCCAAGGACAACCACAACUUCUGCGUGCCCUGCUACGAGAAGCAGUUCGCCAUGCAGUGCGUGCACUGCAAGAAGCCCAUCACCACCGGCGGCGUGACCUACCGCGACCAGCCGUGGCACAAGGACUGCUUCCUGUGCACCAGCUGCAAGCAGCAGCUGUCGGGCCAGCGCUUCACCUCCAGGGACGACUUCGCCUACUGCCUGAACUGCUUCUGCAACCUCUACGCCAAGAAGUGUGCGUCCUGCACCACCCCCAUCAGCGGUCUGGGCGGGAGCAAGUACAUCUCCUUCGAGGAGCGCCAGUGGCACAACGACUGCUUCAACUGCAAGAAGUGCUCCGUGUCCCUGGUGGGCCGCGGCUUCCUCACCGAGCGCGACGACAUCCUCUGCCCCGAGUGCGGCAAGGACAUCUGACCCGUCUGACCCGGCCAAGGAAGGAUACAGGAAAUACUAUCACAGCACAGAGUAUAGCAAUCUAUAGUAGUUUUAGGAAGUACUUUUAUUUAUGAUAUGGAUUACAAGCUAAUAAUUAGAAUCUAUUUGAUUUAUUCAAGUUGCAUGUAAACUCUUAAUUCGUUACUAAUACUGGGAGGUUAUGAAACGGGGGGUUGAUACCGCAGGAUAUCCGCUAGGUUGACUUAUGGCGCUUUUCCACUAGUACCGUAUUUUCCACACUAUAAGGCGCACCUAAAAGCCUUUAAUUUUCUCAAAAACCUGCAGU